AUGCUCGCUGCCAAGCGACGGAAAAUCUCGAACGACCAAUCAUUACCAACAGCUAGUCCGCAGAGCGAUAAUGAUGCAGCCUCUGUCGGUGCUUCUAGCUCCGAUGUGCCAUCAGGGAGUGAAGCCAGUUCCUCUCCGGAUACGGAGGAUGAAAUUGCUGAGGCAAAGAGAGCAAAAUCGAAGAAAACUUUGAAGCGGAAGCGCCGGGCUACAGAUGUGACACAAUUUGGUGCGACUCUACAAUCUCUGUUGAGCACGGAUGCACCGUCAGGAUUGCCCCUAUCACUUAAGCCAUCGGUUUCGAGAAAGCGCAAUGAUGAAAAGCUUGAGAUGCAGGGCCGGAAGAUAUUGCAAGUCGAAAAAAAGGAAAAAGAAGAGAAGGGGAGAAUCAGAGAUGUCAUUGGUGGUUGGGGAGGAGAGGGCGAGAGGGUUUUGAGAAAGGUUGCUCAAAGGGGUGUGGUCAGACUUUUUAACGCAAUACAACAUACCCAGGCUGCGUCUUCUGUUGCGGCUGAUGAAGCAAAGGCGCAAAGAGGUUCCGGAAAGCCUACUUUACCUGCACCUAAAAUUGGAAAGGAGAGAUCGAGCAAGCGGGGCAAGGAGAAGGAUUUUAUUGUGGGAAGAGAGAAAGAAUUAUCCAUUGGACAGGAUGAUUUCUUUGACAUCCUCAAGUCUGGAGGCAUCGUGUCUAAGUCAUGA